AAAAGGAUAUAUUGACAGGCAAGUGUCACAAAAGAGAAGACGAUCGUUUAAAUCUCAGUAAUUUUGGAACGAAUAUAUUUUGAUAAUUGGAAAAUAUGGAAAAAGAAUAUACGUACACGUUUGAAGAGUUCAAGCAAGGUGUUGUAAAAGAGAAACACAAAGGCGUUGCACAUGACCAGCUUCAGUUUGUCUCUAACUUUAUUGACUCAAAACAGUUGGAUUUUGUGAAGAAAAACCUCGAAUGCAUCAUACAGGACUCUGAUGAGGGAAGAAUAAGUAUAAAAUCAGGAAGUGCAGAGUACAAAUUUCUAGCAACUUAUGACGUUAAUGGUAUGCCAAAGAUGCGACGUUUAAUUGGAGAUUCCUUUCUGAAGGCUAAAUUUGAAGGCUUACAUGAAGAGGUCGUUAAAGAAGUUAAUGAAGAUACGAUGUUAGCUGUACUAAAAAAAAUCUGGUCUAAACAUAGGCCAGGCAAAAAACCAGCAACAUCUGCAGAUGAAGGAAGAGAAAACUACUGUAAAGGCUUGCUGUGUAUGCAAGCUGGGCUUUAUCUAAAUACAAGGCAAAUCAAACGUAAUGUAGAAAUUGCAUUGUUUGACGGAAAUGAUGAUCUCUACAAAGUGAAGUGCGGAAAUGGAAACGAUAAAGUGUUGGCAACAUUCGACAAAAAGGGCAAUCCAAAGGUUUUGCACUUCGUCGGACAGGAAUAUUCGCUUGCAUCAGAGGUCGACACGUACAUUUACGAGUGUAAAGAGAUCAAUAAAGUAUCAAUUGGAAAGUUGAUGGUCAAAGUAUGUGGAAAUGAGGGAACCGACGACGACGAAAACAGCGCCUUUGUUAGAAAACUACUACAAUCACUUUUAACGCAUUUUGAAAAUGAAAAAGACAAAGCCUGGAAAGACAACGAAGUGACAAUAUAUGAUAAGAAACUGAAUUCUCUAAUAAUGAAAGCUGGCAAAGGCCAUAAAGCUACUGUUGUAAGCUUGGAUGGACAGGGGGAAAUUUUCAUUUCAUAACCUAUUCGUUAUAUAGUAUAUUCAAAGAAUAUACAAUUAGUUCAUUUUGUACUUCUUUGUAAAUAGUAUUUAAAUGUUUUAUAGAGUGUUUCAAACUGUCGUAUAACAUACACGUAUAUUUCACUAUUUCCUGUUUUAAAGACACAGAACGAAAAGCCAAAACACACAAGUGGUAGGCCUAAUUAUACAUGUUUUACACAAGUAAAAUGGGAAGAACAAUUAUUUUCAUUGGUUAGUAUAUAUGUAUACUAGUAUAUAUAUUAGAGAGAAUUUAUACGAACUAAAUCACCACCACAAUAUACAAUUACGGCAAAGCGCCUAGCAGUACAAACGAACACGCACAUGCCACAGCAAGCCCACUAACCCAAUAAGAUUAGUUUCGAUGCUGCUUUAUAUACGAGCCCGAAUUGUACUACACAUUCGUACUGGUUCAACAUUUGCAUAUAUACACUCAAAUCUCUGUUUUCAUGUCUCACAAAUCAGUAGUGACAUUUUAGUCUUUUUAACUCAUUGGGACCAGAGAAGCUAUAUUUUCUCUCUCUGAAAGUAAACUGGAUCUCGAGGAUACGUUGAAUAUAUAUAUAGAUAAUCUGCAUUAAGGGAUAUAACUAUAUUCAGAACAGUUGACUUUCCCAUAUACUAGUAUAUAUAUAUAUAUUAAAAACUAUGUAACAAUAUGAUUAUAUAAGGACAUUAUCUUCAAGUAAUAAUAAAAUUAUUAGAAAUACAGCCAAAUAUGUACAUUAUGCUAUGCAAUUAAGAAAGGAAAAACUUACAGAUCUUGCUGCUUCUUAAAAAUAAAUAUAUAUUUAGAACUAA